AUGGGUGUCUGGGCCUCAGGCACCAAUAUCUUCCUCAGUCUUUGGAGGACGUAUGUGUCUCCAAGGAGCCUUGGAUGGAUGGACUUCACCCAACAUUUGGGCACUUGCUGUUUUGUUGCUUUCAUUUCCGUGGGCCUCCUCUCUGGGGCCUUCUCCUGGCUUCUGUCCUCAUUCGUAGUCUUCACCACCUCCUGGAUGGUCACGUGUGCUCUGCUGUGCUGCUCCAAGCACGCACGGUGUUUCAUUCUGCUCUUCUUCCUCUCGUGUGGCCUGCGUGAAGGCAGGAACGCUUUGAUCACCGCUGGCACAGGGAUAGUAAUCUUUGGACACGUGGAAAAUAUUUUUCACAACUUUAAAGGUCUCCUGGACAGUAUGACUUGCAACCUAAGGGCAAAGAGCUUUUCCAUCCAUUUUCCACUUUUGAAAAAAUAUAUUGAAGCAAUUCAGUGGAUAUACGGCCUUGCCACUCACCUAAGUCUAUUUGAUGACCUUGUUUCUUGGAACCAAACCCUGGAGGUCUCUCUUUUUAGUCCCAGCCAAGCCCUGGAGGCACAGCUCAAUGACACUACAGACAGAGCCCUGCAUGUCUUGUACCAGGUAGUGACGGCGACAGAGGUGUUGUCUUCCCUGGGGCGGCAGCUAUUUGCCCUCACAGGGCUUCUGCUGGUGCUACUUGGCACUGGCCUCUUCAUGAGGCGACUUUUGGGCUCCUGUGGUUGGAAGUUUGAGAACAUCUACAUCACCAGACAAGUUGUUCAGUUUGACGAGAGGGAGAGGCAUGCACAGAGGCCCUGCGUCCUCCCGCUGAAUAAGCAGGAAAGGAAGAAGUAUGUCAUCAUCCCAUCUUUCUGGCUGACUCCUAAAGACAGGAAAAACCUGGGGCUGUUUUUCCUCCUGGUGCUUACCCAUCUCUACAUCUGGGUGUUGUUUGCAGCCAUAGAUUAUCUGCUGUAUUGGCUCAUCUUCUCCGUCAGCAAACAUCUCCAAAGCUUGCCAGGGCCUGAGGUUCACUUGAAGUUGCACAGAGAGGUAGGUGCUCGCAGGCCCGUCUCACUGUGUAUCCCAGCUGUUUGCUGUGUGUUUGCAAAAGAUCGUGAACUUCCCAAGGCAGGGCAGUGUCUUAUUCCCCUCUGGAUUCUCAGUGCCUGGCACAGAGCCUGGCAUGUAGGAAGAACACCCAAAAUGUUGGUUAGAUUGAGUUGA